AUGGCUGCUUCUCUGAGACAGAGGUUUCUGCGUGUGCUGUGUUGCGGGGCGCCUCCCCGGGUGUCCUCCGGGGGCGACCCGGGUCACGGGGGUGGCACAGGGGCCCAGGAAACGCUCCUGAUGGAGGGGUUUUUGUUUAAGAGGACCAGGAGUGUGUUUAAAACCUGGAACAGCUGUACGUUCCAGGCCGACUGUGAGGCAGGUAGACGGGCGUGGAUCAGCGCCAUUCAGAACCUGACUGAGAGAGAAGAAGGAACAGUCGAGAGCGAGAAGGGGUACGAGGACGAUUCGAAAUCAGACUCCAGUGAGAUGUUAUUGGACAGGGAGAUUCAGUUGGAGGACUCACAGGAACCGCGGGCGUCUUCUGAAGCUCCAGGUGGGAUCAGUUCUAGAGAAAUCGUCUGUGAUGCUCCCAAUAACAAGGGUGAGUACGCCGAACCUUUAUUUGGACCCUUAUUUUUGGUCCACAUGACACAUGAAGCAUCAUUGGUGAUACUUGGGUUAAAGAUGCUGAAGAAGAACCCACUGAAGGAGACCCAGCUAAAGAAGAAACUGCUAAAGGAGAACCCACUGAAGGAGACCCCGCUAAAGAAGAAACUGCUAAAGGACAACCCACUGAAGGAGAACCCGCUGAAGAAGAAACUGCUAAAGGACAACCCGCUGAAGGAGAACCCACUGAAAGAGAACACGGUGAAGGAGAAACCGCUAAAGGACAGACUGACACGAACCCGGACAGCUUUGAGAGCCGAUACACCGUUGGAGAGCUGCUGGGAAAGGGAGGCUGUGGUUCGGUCUACGAAGGCGUCCGUAAGGUGGACGGGAACCAGGAUCCUCCCUACAACCUACCGGGACAUUAUUGAGACAAACCCGGGAUGCACACUAAGAAGGUCUGAGUCCCUGGUGAUACCGGAUACCACAGGAUGCUUUCGGAUGUCUCGUGGAGUCCACGUGUCGGCGGUUGCCAUCAAAUACGUGGUGAAGGAUGAGCACCUCAGAUUUACCAGGAUUCCCGGCGAGACAGAGUUGCUCCCCGUCGAGGUGGCCCUGAUGCGCUUGGUGUCCAGGCCACCCAUCAGCCCGUACGUGCUGAAGCUCCUGGAGUGGUUCGACACGCCUGAGCGCUGCGUCCUGAUUCUGGAGCGCCCCGUCCCCUGCGUAGACCUCUACCAGCUGAUGCUCGAGAAGGGCAGGCUGAGGAUGCCAUUCGCCCGGCACGUUAUGCGGCAGGUUGUCCUGGCGGUGCUCCACUGCCGCGACCGCGGGGUCCUGCACAGGGACAUUAAGCUCCAGAACAUCCUUCUGAACACAGAGACGCUGGAGGUGAAGCUGAUCGACUUCGGAUGCGGCGACCUGUUGAAGGAUACUCCGUACUACACGUAUUCAGGCACGUGGGUAUACUCACCACCCGAGUGGAUAACCAAGAAGAAGUACUAUGGCUGCCCUGCGACAGUCUGGAGUCUGGGCGUACUGCUGUUUUUCUUGGUUUGUGGACGCCUGCCAUUUCGGUCUAAGAAGGAGAUCACCAAAGGACAGCUAGUGUACAAACCUGGUGUGUCUCAUGCCUGCUGCCAUCUGACCGAACAAUGCCUCAAGAAGAAGCCCAGCAAGCGCCUCACCCUCGGGCAGAUCCUCCUGCAUGGGUGGUUCCAUGAGUAACCCGAAGACUAGGUCCAGACGGUGUAGAUCUUUACACCCGUACUGGCGGCUGCAAAAAAGAGGGUAACAUGACAGAAAAACACGUAUCAAAUAUCGGGAUCCAACAUGUCAACUUUAUGGACAUCGUCUUUGAACUGAUGCUGCUGGGAAUUCUGGGAAGAGCGAGGGUGCAUCAGAUCAUUUCAUUGACGCAGUACCAGAGACGAAGGCUCUUUCUGGACCGGCUGAUUGCUCUCAUCUAUUCAUGUGUUACGCCCAGAAGGACUGAACGGCAGUACACGGAGCGUUAUUUAUUCCAUCUUCAGACUGAGAUGCUGAGCUUCCUGGAUGAAAUCUUCACUCUGGACGAGUCUUUGUACGCAAAACCUGAAGCCCUGGCUGCUGCACUGGAGACGCUUUUAUGGCGGAGCCUCCGACGGUUUCAUGAAAGGCUGGAAACAGAGGAUAUCUAAAGGCCAACCCUGAUUAGAACCUUUAUUUAACUGUCAGGGAUGCAGGUCUGGUGGUUGACGUGUUUUUCAUGUGUGUUCACAGUUUGUGUACCUGUGGAGGUGCGUCAGGACCCAAGACAUGGGAGACGUGUGAAGAUACUACCGAUGUGGAAGCGUGUAUUGGAUUUCUGAUAGACGCGCUGCCAUUAGGACAACGUCUUUACAUCAGGACAACGCCCAUAUGACUUUGUGGACCAGAUCCAGAUGUGUAAAAAGCUGAUGUUCUGUAAAAAUUUAAUAAAAAAAGAAGGAACUGUGA